GUGGUGCUGGUGGUGCUGGCGGGGCGGACCGAGCCGCCGGAGCUGCGCUUCUCUGCCAUUAACGUCGCGAGAGCCUCGCUCGGCGCUACAACAACAACAGUAACAGCAGCAGCAGCAGCAACACAAAAAAACCCGCGAGCGCAGGCGACGAGCUGAACCUUGACACAUGGAAUGAACCUCGUGUAAAACGCAUCGUCCCAUCGUUUUGCUGUAAGCAUUCAGUGCAGUGACCCACAGAGCACGAAGAUGGACUCGCAGGCAGAUGAGCGUGAAGCAAAUGGAGAAAUCAAUGAGUAUGCAGAAGCCGACCUGGAGCAUCUCGAUGAGGCCGGUGGGAGGCGUGUGGUGCUGGACCGGCGCCAAGCACGGCCCGACGGGGCACAGAGCCAGCGUGCGGGCGACUCCGAGUAUGAGCAGUCAGACGAUGAGGGCCGACAGUUGGUUGGGUACGAAAAUGAACACUUGGAUGAUGACGGAAGAACCUCCGAGUACGACAAUGAGCAACUUGAUGAAGAAGGCAGCAGGCGUGCUGUGGAAAGUGACGGACAGUUCUAUGGAGAACCUGAUGGCCAAUCUGCAGAAUAUGAAAAUGAACAGUUGGAUGAAGAAGGCAUCAGGCAUGUCAUUGAAUAUGAUAAUUAUAAUCAUUCUGAUGAAGAGGGAGGGCCAUCAGAGGAUUAUGAAAAUGAUCACUUGGCAGGAGAGGGAAGGAAUGAAGUGCAUUACGACAGUGAACAGUCUGAAGAGGAAGCAGUUGUGCACUCGGUUGAAUAUGAGCAGCAAAUGUAUGCCAGAGUAGUUCAUGUAGAACCUCAGGACUUGGAUAGGAAUCUAGCAAGGUCAGGAAGUACUGAGAGUGGUUUUCACAACCACACUGACACAGCCGAAGAUGAUUUAAGCUCAGAAUAUGCUACCGUAAGGGACCAUGAUGAGAGGCUGCCUGAGAACGAUGAUGAAAAUGUUUACUCGGUUGAGUAUCGCCCUGAGGCAGAGGAGUAUCUAGAACAGGCAGAAUCUGAACAUGCCCCAAUGUCAACUGCUGUGCAGCCGAGCCAGGCCAGUGCUGAACCAGCCAGUGCAGCACCUCCCAGUGCCAAUGGAAGAACAGCCAACAUGGUCCCCAGAGUCCAUCAAAAUGAAACCAGGUCUGAGCGACGCCGACCAAACCAACAGAGCGCGAGGCGAUCUGACCAACAAGUCCCUGAACAAAGUGUGCGGAGACCUGGGCCACCAGUUCAAAAUCAUCGAAGUGCGAACAGGCCAGAGAGGCUGCCACAGAAUACCAGGCGGUCAGAGCAAGUGCCACAGGAUCAUCCAAAUGCAAGACGAGUUGAUAGACAACAAGUUCAGCAACCUAGCACACAAAGCGCGAGACCUGAGCGACAGCCAGCUAACCAGAAAAGCAUGAGAGCUCCUGAAUCCCAAGUGACGAACCUUCGGAACGUGAGAAGACCUGACAGGCCGCAGCCAGCCAGCCAGAGCAAUAGGCGAUCCGAUCCAAUAGUCGCUGAUCAUGUAAGCAUGAGGCCCAACUCAUUAAAUGUGGACCGUCAGAGUGUGCGGAGGUCCGACCCAGUUAUUUCAUUGCAUAUAAAUCCGAGGAGAGCUGAAGCCCCGGUACCUGACCAGCAGGUGGUGAGGCAAGAAUACCAAGGUGUAGAAGAGGCGUAUCGCGUCUUUCACCCACGUGCUGAUCACAACGCGGAAGAGCACGUGUACGAGGAGAUCGGAGAUCACCCUGUUGCCGACACAGUUUAUUCCAUGGAGCCAUAUGAACAAGAGCGCGAGGAGGAAGACGACUACGACAGCAAGCAAGUUCUAGGGGCAAGGCUUCAUCAUUACGAUGUCAAGUCAGAUUCAGAGUCAGACAGUCCAGAAAAGGAUGCAGAGUACACGUCCUAUCCUGCUCCAGAUCCGGACAGUGAUGAGGAGCAUGAAGAGGAGGACAUUGACCAAAUUGUGGCUGAGGUCAAACAGAGUCUAAGUUCAAAAAGUUUGGAUCGGAUUGCACAGGACAUGCCGGAGUCAGAACAAGAGCAAGGAGCUGGUGCGGCGCACAGCGGCGCAGAAAGCCGCACCAAUGAAGUCUCGGUGGUGAGCCGGGAGCAGCGGGAGGCCAUCUCGCUCGCACUCAAGGACAUUCAGGAUGCCAUUGCAGAGGUCAAGACCAAGACCAUGCGCUCACCCUACACGCCCGAGGAACCCGCUGAGCCAAUCUGGGUUAUGCGCAACGACCAGAGCCCACCGAGGGAGUUAGAAAACGGCAUUCCCGGAGAGAGUCCAGUAUCUCCUGUCUCUCCGUCGGGCAUGGAAGCCGGAAAGAGGCAGCAGCGAUCGGACCUGAACGCUAUGGCAGGAUCGGACCCAGCCAGAGACGCUGCCAAAACUCCACAGUAUCCAAGUUUUGUUGAUGUCCCAGGCCCAUGCGACCCAGAAGACCUUAUUGACGGAAUUAUAUUUGCCGCUAACUACCUGGGCUCAACACAGCUCUUGUCUGAGAAGAACCCAUCAAAGAAUGUGCGGAUGAUGCAAGCACAGGAAGCUGUCAGUAGGAUCAAGAGGGCUCAGAAAUUGGCCAAAAGCAAGAAGAAGGCCCCAGAAGGAGAAUCGCAACCCAUGACUGAGGUUGAUCUUUUCAUUUCAACUCAAAGGAUCAAAGUGUUGAAUGCUGACACACAGGAGACUAUGAUGGACCACGCUCUACGUACCAUCUCGUACAUCGCAGACAUUGGGAACAUUGUGGUACUCAUGGCGCGCCGCCGUAUUCCUCGCACUGCUUCGCAAGAAGGCAUGGAAGCCUCCCAUCCAGGGCAGGACAGCAAGCGGCAGUACAAGAUGAUCUGCCACGUGUUCGAGUCUGAGGACGCUCAGCUGAUUGCCCAGUCCAUUGGGCAGGCAUUUAGCGUGGCAUACCAAGAAUUUUUGCGUGCAAAUGGUAUAAACCCAGAGGAUUUGAGCCAAAAGGACUACAGUGAACUCCUCAAUACACAAGAGAUGUACAACGAUGACCUCAUCCACUUCUCAAAGUCUGAAAACUCCAAAGAGAUAAUAAUAGAGAAGCAGAAAGGAGAAAUCCUCGGAAUAACAAUCGUGGAAUCUGGCUGGGGCUCCAUCUUGCCAACGGUCAUCAUUGCCAACCUCAUGCAUGGUGGGCCCGCUACGCGUUCUGGCAAGCUGAACAUCGGCGACCAGAUCAUGUCCAUCAAUGGCACGAGCCUCGUCGGGUUGCCUCUUUCUACGUGUCAGACCAUUAUCAAGGGCCUUAAAAACCAGACUAUGGUGAAGGUGAACAUUGUCAGCUGCCCUCCAGUCACCUCUGUCCUCAUAAAACGACCAGACCUAAAGUACCAGCUGGGCUUCAGCGUGCAGAACGGCAUCAUUUGCAGCCUAAUGAGGGGAGGCAUUGCCGAGCGAGGUGGCGUGCGCGUUGGGCAUCGCAUCAUAGAAAUCAAUGGGCAAAGUGUCGUGGCCACUCCACACGAGAAGAUAGUGCACGCACUCUCCAACGCAGUGGGAGAGAUCCACAUGAAGACAAUGCCAGCAGCCAUGUACCGCCUGCUGACGGGCCAGGAACAGCCAGUGUACUUCUGAUUCCGCAUGGCCAGCCACUUAUUCCAUGCAGCCCUAUCCCUGCACAUGGCCUACGUUGGACUGCCCCCCUCCCCCCUUGCUACAGACAUAAUCUCCUUGUAGGUUAUUUGUAACUAGCUGCGCUUUAAAAAAAAACAUCUUAAUACUUAGAAAUACGAUUAAGACAUUUUAGGGUCAAAUGCUUUACAUUGUGUAAUUUAGGCCUGCAGAAAUCACUGUUUGCCAAUUGUGUUACGUGUUGAUCCUGCCAUAAUGGUUAAAUUCGAGACGUGCUAGAGUUGGUAUUUUUAUGUCAACCCACAUCGGUCAAGCAAGUAAAUACAUAUUUUAAGAGUCCUUUGGGAGUUUUACAGCAAACUGUUCAUUUUCUCGCUCUAUUUGAGUUAUCAUUUGCCGUGUAGCAUAUUGAGUGAUUAAACAUGUUUAUCAGAGUUGUUGAGCAUUAUAAUGCAAUGAAUGCACAUGCACUCUAUGUUCUUCACUGGUACUAUCUAACUUAUUGGCUUAAUGUUAAUGCGUUUAAUUCUGGGAGUUUUGUAGCUUUAGAAUAUAUUUCGCUCUUGUCAAAGAUAAUACAAUUAUGAACGUAAUUUUGUUUUAACAUGAGAAAUUAUGCUUUCACAUGUUUAUUUUUUAUUUUAAAGUGUUGUUUUUGUAUAUGUUGAAUUUAUAUUUUUGAGGAAUGUCAUUGGAGACAAAUCCGCAUUUAAAUGCUUCCCUGUAGAUUUUUUCAUCCAAUUGACUAGUACCAAGCCACCAGGUGGGCAACCCACAUGUUUAUAUUUGCUUCGAAUUCGUCAUUUUUCUGGCAGUCGACAAGGUAUAUCGUGCACUGGGAACAUAUCAGUGGCAUUCAAAAUGAAACCAAUGCCCUCGCGGUUAUUGCCUGUAUUUUUGUGGAAAAGGAGACUUGGUAAGAUGAUGGGAAUACUUAUAAGCUUAGCAGACAUGAAAUGUUAUGUUGUUUACUCUGUGAACAUCACCGUUGCUUAACUGCACAUGCCCCCGUGUGGUUGCAUCUGCAAAUUAAAUAAGACUUAGACCAACUUUGAAGUUUCCGUACUUACACUUCUACUGUACAACUCAAUGCACAUCAUCAUAUGUAAUUUCUUAAGUCUAAUGGUAUUACUCUUAACGGAGUUGAAACAAGUAAAGCAAUUGACCCUUUAUGCAUGGAGCAUUCCGUUACAUUGAUGUACUGUUUUAAUUUUUUCGGUGUGGGCCAAACAGAAGUUGUUUAUUUUGACGUCUUGUAUAAACACUAAAAUGAACAAGUAGUGUAAUGGCUGUACUAACUUAUUGAAAGGCUGCCAUACUAAAGUGCAGCCAUUCUAAUUCUAAGUGCAAUUUAAUGGUAACUUUGAAGCUAGAUCAAGUGUACAUAUAGCUAUGUUGUUGUAUAACAAUGUCUUGUACUUUUAGCUCAUUAGAUGGUAGAACGAAUUAGUGAACUGCUUAAUAUUAAGCUAAUCUGCUGAAUCUUAUCAAACGUGUAAGCCAGUGGCGUACAGUAGCUCUGUAAAGUUAUGUAGUUAUAUCCAGAUGUCUCUCACUAGCGCACAUUGCCACUAGAUAUCAAAAUGUUUUUUUGUUUUUCAAGCAUAUAUAACUGGCCACUGUAAAAUCGGAUUUACCAGUGUUGUACAAGUGUAAUUGGCAUUGUAUUUUUUUUUUACAUUCUGUAUGUUUUUUAGGAUAACACCGGUGGUCAUAACAUCCCAUAAAUGUUAAAAGGUUAAGAAAACUAGUUAUUUUAGAAAGGGGAAGAAAAGGUUUGCGGUCAUAUUUCAUGUUGCAUGGCAUUCUCUGUUCAAUAAGUGUAUCCAUACAUUUCUUAGUAGGCUGCUUUACAAUACAACAACAACAUGCAAAGUAAUUUUAGAACUUGUUCUUUAAAAAGUGUUUCAUCAUUUUGGUUCGUGCAUGCCUGCCUUAACUUCAUAGUGAAUCAACAUCUUGCAAAAGUAGCUCCAAACCUAUUGUUGUGAAAAAUGUAGUUAAUAAUCCUUAAAUUCCAGUAUGUGUGGUGAAUGUGCAGUAAUACGAAAUAAAUAUUAAACAAUUA